ACUUGACUCGGCUGCCACGUAGCUGUAGCUUCCUGAAGGACGAGAAGUUUUCCAGGAGCAUCUCUGGCCUGAGUAAGUGUUUGUGCUGCAAACGAGGAUGUCAGCUCAGAGACGGAUCCGAAACUUGAAGGGCCUGACCCGAAUAUGCACAUAGCACAGCAGAGGCAAUGGAUUGCUCCAUCCUCCUGCUGGCCAGCGUGGUCUCCACUCUGGGCGGCCUGGUGUUCGGUUACGAGCUGGGCAUCAUCUCUGGCGCUCUGCUGCAGAUCAAGACCGAGUUCGGCCUCUCGUGUGUCCAGCAGGAGGCUCUAGUCAGCUCUUUGUUGACCGGAGCCUUGCUGGCCUCCGUCGCUGGUGGCUGCUUGAUCGACCGUCAUGGCCGCAGGAACUCCAUCCUCCUCAGCAACGUCCUGGUCCUCACUGGCAGCCUGGUCCUGCUCAUCAGCUCCUACCCGGCGCUGGUGCUGGGCAGGAUCACGGUGGGCUUCGCCAUCUGCAUUUCCUCCAUGUCCUGCUGCAUCUUUGUGUCAGAGAUGGUGACUCCUGACCGAAGAGGCUUCCUGGUAACGCUGUAUGAAGCAGGGAUCACUGUGGGCAUCCUGGCAGCUUAUGCUAUGAACUACAUCCUGUCAGGGUCUGAAACAGGGUGGAAGUGGAUGUUCGGGUUGGCUGUGGUGCCGGCUUUGGUGCAGCUGGUCUCCAUCUGGUUUCUCCCGUCCAAUGCUAAGGAAAGUUUCAGCCAAAGAGAGCUCAUGGAGACCAUUGAAACCCAAGAAGCAGACGACGGCAAAGUCAUCUCCAGCAAAGAAAACAAGGCAGUUCAGUACAGCAGCUUCUAUCUGUUCCAGCGCCAUGACAACAUGAGGACUCGCACCGUCAUCGGGCUGGGACUGGUUCUGUUUCAGCAGUUCACGGGGCAGCCCAACGUCCUCUUCUACGCCUCCACCAUCUUCCACUCGGUGGGGUUUGAGAGCGACGCCUCGGCAGUGCUGGCGUCGGUUGGUUUGGGGUUGGUCAAAGUGAUCGCAACUCUGACGUCGAUGGUGUUUUUAGACAGAGUGGGGAGGAGGCCUCUACUCAUCAGCAGCUGUUCUGUCAUGGCUGUUUGUCUGAUCACCAUCGGACUCCUCAGCGGACGAUCGCUGAUGAACUCUAUGAAGCCUUGUGAUUCUCAGAACGUCACUCUGGUCAACAGAACACAUCUACCUCAAUCACCUGCUCUCAGUCCAGCAGUUGUGGAACCACCUCUUAGUGAAAGUCACCAUUUUUUCAAUAACAACACAAAAGAUGAAGAUCAAAUGUCCAAUAAAGUCAGACAGGCUUCUCCAGAGUCUUCUCCAAACGUCCACAGCACAGUUGUGAACUGGAUCAUUCUCAUGUGUAUGAUGGCGGUUGUCAGCGGAUAUUCAGCUGGAUUUGGACCAAUGACGUGGCUCCUCCUGAGUGAGAUAUUUCCAGCUGCUGUCAGAGGAAGAGCGUUCGCUUUCACCAACUGCUUCAACUGGGCUGCAAACCUGCUGGUCACCUUCACUUUCUUGAAUGUCAUUGAUGGUAUCGGCCUGUCGGGCAUUUUUCUUGUGUACGGACUGACCGCUGUAGCAGCCGCAGUGUUCUUCUACUUCAUGCUACCAGAGACCAAAGGGAAAAGUCUGGAGGAGAUAGACAAGGAGCUCCGGCUGAGCAGGUUUUACUACAAUGAGGAGUGUUGCAGCUUCAUCAGCAGCAGAAACACGUCGCCUCAGUACCAGAGAGUCCACUGUCAAUGCAGCACCUCAGGGUGAAAACUCUGUUAUCAUUGUCAUAGGCAUCACUAAGUCAGUGUUGUGGUGUACUAUUAGGGCAUCUCAAACAAUUUGAACAUUGUCAAAAAGUUAUGUUUUUGUUUUCUACAGGGUGGGCCAUAAGUUUCCAUACAUAGGAAAAAAUACACAUUUUAUACUGGACAACCGUUUUUAUUUAUAUAAUGUGCUCUAUAUGAUUACCAUUGUUUCCACUGUUGAUGAACGUGCAUAAACAUAGUUGAAGUUAUGCUUGUAAUGGCGUUGGUGAUACGUUCAUUGAAAUGAUUUCUGUCUCGUGUUUUCACCUGAUACACCAUGACCUUCAAGUGUCUCCAAAGAUGGCGUCAAACGCAUCUUCUAGAGUAUAUGAAACAUUUAAAAAAAAUAAGCAUUAUACAUUUUCCUAUGUGUGGAAACUUAUGGCCCACCCUGUAUAUUCUUUACAUGCAGAGUGAAAUAGUUCAACCUUUUUUUUUUUUCUAUCUAUUUGAUGAUUAUGGCUGCAAGAAAGCAGCAUCUCCAUAAAGCUUCUUGGCAGAUAGAAGCAUGAAGUGCUCUAAAAUAUCCCGGCAGACGCUGCAUCGAUCAUCAUAAAACAAAAUGGAUCAUCGCUAGAAGACGAUAUAACUGAGGAAACUUUACACUGGACUUCAAGCACCUUGGAUUCUGUGCCUCUCCACUCUUCCUCUUAUAGACUCUUGAGAAUUUGAUCUCCAAAUGAAAUGCAAAAUUUCCUUUUCUCUUGGACCACUUAGCAACAGUCCUGUUCUUUGCUCCUCAGCCGGGGCAAGAUCUUCUGACUCCGUCUUGAUAUUAGGACAGUUGCAGCUCCUUUCUUGAAGACAUCUCUGCUUGGUGGCACUUGAUGGACUGACACCAGCCUCAGUUCCCUCCUUAAGAAGCUCUACCAAGCUCAUGAAUCCACUUUUCUUGACAAUCUCUUAAAGCUACAAUCAUCCCACAUUUUCCUGCCACACUUUUCCCUUCCAGUCAACUUUCAGCAAUGAUCGUGUCGAGGGUGUUGAUAUUCUUCUGGACGACUUUGAAGGCAGCAGUCUUCUCCACGAUUGUGGUUGCAUGUACUCAACUAAACCAAGUGAUGCAGAAUACUUAUGCUGUUCAAUUAGUAAACGACUCAAACUCAAAAUGAAGUACUCUAAUAAUUUUGAGAUACUGGAUUUUCAUGAGCUAUAAGCUACAGUCAUUCAGUCAAAACAAAAAAGGCUUGAAAUAGUUUACUUUCCUGGUAAUAAGUCUAGAAUAUAUUAAACUUACACUUUCUUAAAUAGCUGAUGAAAAAUAUUAAACUUCAUCGCAAUGUUUACAUUUUUAGAGAUGCAUUAGUCCACACACUUGAAGAAAUGAUCCAUCUGCACUGACUGAGGAGCUUUUGACAGAAGAGAACUUUACUCUGUUGCCCCUGAUACUGAAAUACAGCAGUUAUAAAACUUAUGGACCCCUGCUGAGUAUUUAAGGAUUGAAGAUCUGACUAUGAAGCUUUGAGGAAGUCUACAGUCACACUGAUAAAAAGCCUGAACACAAAAGAAAGAUAAAGAAAUGAUAUCUCAAUAAAAAAGGCAGUGGAUCAAAGACAAUGUUCCUGGGUGUGGAAGAAAGCACGACAUUUCUAGAGCGAAUACCUGCAGGAGAACCCCAUGAAGACUCCAACAAAAGCCUUUCUGCGCUUCACUCAUGACCGGAAAGCACAAGAAAAAGAAUGUGGAUCAGCCUGUAGACUUCUGAAAGUCUGAAGCGUGGAGUGAUAGAGCAAACUGGAACUGUGAGCAGUAUGACUGAGGUCAGAUCAACAACAAGAACAUCUGACAAUCAACGCUGAAGCCCAGAAACCAAAGAAUGUUAGUGAGAUGGAAGCCUGGAGGAAACCAGAGGGUCGCUGGAAGUCAUAAAGGUCAAUAGAUGCUCAUUAAAGGGCUGAAUUUUCUUCAGCGAGUUUAAUUACGUGAAUCUUUCUGUUGCAUCUUCAGAAAUGCGUUUUUGAUUCCAACCAAUAAUGUGUGUUUACUUUAUAUUAACUGCAUAUUUAUUUACUUGUUUACCACUCGUGCUGUAAUGGAUUGUGAUUUAAAGCUGUUUAUAUUCAUGUCAUGUCAUUUACAACAGCAGCCUUUUUGACUCGUCAUAGUUGGAAAAGCACAAAAGGUGUACUUAAUACAAAUAAAACAAACUGUUACAUUUACCUGAGCAAGUUCUGGCAUCCUCAGUUUGUCCAUUCUGGCUACAGAAAGUAAAAGACUUUAAAGGAUUACUACAUUGUUUAAAUCACACCUUUCAAGAUUUAGGUCAGCUCUGACUUUGCAGUUAAAGAGGACAUGGAUAUUUGUAAUAACAUCAAGAAGAUAUCCCCUAAUGUCCAAUAUGAACUAUGUAUAAGAAUGUGGAGCACUUAAGUGUUGUCAAGUGGGGCCUAGUUAUUUGAGAUCCCAGGAGCAACCACUACCUAAAUAAAAGCUUUAAGCAGACCAAUGAAAAGUUAAAAUGGGAAACAUUAUGUUAACCAUAUGAUUAUGCUUGCUAAAAUAUAUACUCAAAAUUGUUGAUUUGAUGAGAUGAUUUAUUUUGUUUAAACUAAGUGGAAUGAUUUUGAUUUAGAAAGAGAUUCAGUGCGGCUUAAUGUGAAUGAUAACUAAAGUAAUCCCUGUUUAAGCUCUGUGUGUGCAGGGCAAAAAGCAGAAGUCACCAUGACACUGCAGAAAGGAGGACAUUGAGACAUUCUGUGACCAAAUAUGGUUAUAGGAAGCGCAUGGAGAAUGACUUCACCAUUGUGCCUUGAACAUGCCUUGAAUGUGCCUUGACCAGGCCUUGACAAUGUGUGUAGUUGUUGUGAGCCUGAUAGUUAAGCAACUGAGCGUACAGAUAAUGUGUGUAUAUUAGAGGAUGAGACUAUAAAAGAGAGAGUCAAAGACACUGAAUUCGGAGUUCUGCCCCGGAGGGGGGAGAUGCUGCUCGCCGGAGCUGCCGGAGAGCAUUGCCAAAGUUCUGAAGAGUCGACACCGGACCUUUCGCCCAAGAGACGUGAAGACAAUGCGGGACUUAGGCUGCAGAGUUCUUUGAGAACGUCGUUGAAAGCAAAGUUGAUGUAACUUUGUUCAAAAGAAGAGGACCACACUGGUCAUGACAUGCUGAAAGGAGUGUCCUGAGAGGUCUGCAGUUAUCCAAAGAGAUGAAGAGAGGCAAGCACCUACGACAUCCAGAGAGGCAAAGGAGGCAGCAGCAGAGGGCUGCUCCACUCCAGGGCCUGGAGGACCCAGUGACCCACCACAGCCUGAUGAGACGGGGGCUUUCCACCACCACCAUCCGACUGAGAAGACAGCUGAGACGCCCGCACUUGUGUUCCAGCUGCUACUAAAGAUAACUGCCAGACCACGAUUGGCUUUCGGGACCUCUCCACUCCCCCUGCUAAGGAAGAACACCCUCCGCCCACAAAGAAGACUUCGUACUGAGUCUACUGGUCGAUCGAGUGGCUCUCCCAGACGCAGGUCAAGACUGGGUGAAACAGCGGUGGCCACGCUGUCCACUCUGUCUCCUAAAUUUACUAAUUAGAGAAGAUUCUUAGGUACGCUCAGCUUAGUUUAGUUUAGUUAGAAAUAAUCAGGAAUAAUUAAUUGUUUAAUCAUGAAUUAAUGCUGUGCCCCUGCUAAUAAUUGCUUAAUAAAACGCUAUAUUGCAUUUAAAGAGAAGUCUUAUGAGAUUAUUAUGAUUCACCUAUUCUGCAUAGUGGUAAAAAGUUAAGCUGAUUGUGUGCAUUAAAUCUAAUGGUUCUUAAAAGUUACUUUAAUCCAACUAGUUACUUUAAACAUUACCCCUGAGGUUAGUUAUCCAAACCUCUAAAACGAACCUAGGAAUAUCAGCAAGUGCAAACAGUUUUAAGAGGAAAAGCUGUCGUUAACAAACGUGAUCAAUAAAUCAAUUCUACUACUUAGGAGGGCUGCUUAGUGAGAGAGUAUUUAAUGAAGUAAGAAGGGUAAGACGUUUGGAAGAAGACAGUUAGGACCUAGGCGAGUAUUCCUCGACACCAGCUUAAUUAUUCUGCUGAAUCCUGUUAGGUAAAUUCUAAUAGGCAGAUAGAAUCUGACCCUUUAAACGGAGAGCUGGUCCUGAAUUAACCUGAGGAAAGGGUUAAGGAAGGCUAUACUGACCGACAGUGUUUUUUGUUUUUCUAAGCCUAAAAAUAUUGUGAAAACCCAUAAAAAUGAAGGUUCACAAUUAUUUCACAGCAUUUCAGGUGUGAUAAGUUGUUUCUCAUCUGCAUGUCUCAGUUGAUCUGUAAAUUCUUUUUGCAGGAUUUUGCAGUUACACAGAACAACCGGCUGUUUGAAUCCUAUAUGUGCCGAAUUUCUGUGGUAAUUUGAUGAAAUAUAAAUGUAUUUAACCAAACCUGCAAGUAUCAGCUCACAAGUAUUUGGAAAGUAACAGUGAAGUAAUCCAAGAGAGUAAAGGUGGCAUUCAGGGAUGUCAUUUAGUUCCAGAUUUCAGGCAGUCACUGAUUUCAAAAGACUGUCGUAAUAAAAAUAAUCUGUAUAACUGUUA